AUGUCUCAGCAACAAUAUGAUUUAGGAGUUACUUGCGAUAUGCAUGUUCACGUACGUGACGGUAAAAUGUGCGAGUUAAUCACACCAACUAUUAAAGCUGGUGGCAUUUCGGUUGCUUAUAUAAUGCCAAAUUUACAACCACCAAUCACAACAAUCGAUAGAGUUGUUGAAUAUAAAGCACGCUUAGAAGCUUUGAGUCCAGAUACUACUUUUUUAAUGAGUUUUUAUUUAAAUGAACAGUUGAGCCCAGAACUAGUCGCUAAAGCUGCUGAUAUGAAAUGUAUCCAAGGCAUCAAAUGUUAUCCAGCUGGUGUUACUACAAAUUCCAACCAAGGUGUUGAUCCAAACGAUUUUACUAAGUUUUAUCCAAUUUUUCAAGUUAUGGCUGAAAAAAACUUGGUUUUAAAUAUACAUGGUGAAAAACCGCCGGUCAAGGACGGAGAUAUCACUGUAUUAAAUGCGGAAAUUGAAUUUUUGCCAGCUUUGGAAAAAUUGCACAGGGAUUUCCCAAAUUUAAAAAUAAUUUUGGAGCAUUGUACCACAGCUGAAGCUGUUGAAAUGAUUGAAAGAAUCAGCAGCGAAAAUGUUGCUGCCACGAUUACAGCACAUCACUUAAGCUUGACUAUUGAUGAUUGGUGUGGUAACCCAAUCAAUUUUUGUAAACCGGUUGCCAAAUUGCCCAAGGACAAAAGAAGAUUAAUUGAGGCGGCUACAUCUGGGAAGCCAUGGUUUUUUUUUGGUUCAGAUUCUGCACCCCACCCAAUUGAAAAUAAAAGCAAAUGUUGUGGUUGUGCUGCCGGUGUGUAUACUUCUGAAUAUUGUAUUCCCUACUUGGCGCAAGUUUUUGAACAACAGGGGAAAUUAGAUAACUUGUCUAAAUUUGUCAGUUUCAACCCUUUGAAAUUUUAUAGAUUAUUAAACGAUGAACAUAUUAUGAACAAACCACAUUGCAUUUUAUAUAAAGAAGAGCAAACAGUUGUAGCGGAAAUCAUUAAAGACGAUAUUAAGGUUGUCCCAUUUAAAGCAGGGGAAAAAUUAAACUGGAAUGUUAAGUGGGAGUAA